UCGUCUGCGCGUUCACGCCGGCUAUUGUGUUUUUAUCAACAAGGAGACCACCGUGGCCUUACGGGUACAACUCAGCCGACCAGCUGCUCGACAACAUAUUUUCCCCCAAAACCAUGGCGGACGAACAAGAAAUAAUGUGCAAAUUAGAAAACAUCUUGGAAAUACGGAAUAAGACUAUCCAGAUGCAGAAGAUCAAAUCACGUCUGAAGAUUGAAUUUGAGGCUUUGGAGUCAGAAGAGAAGCAUCUCAAAGAGUACAAACAAGAGAUGGAUCUCCUUCUACAGGAGAAAAUGGCACAUGUGGAGGAGCUGCGGCUUAUCCACGCAGAUAUUAAUGUGAUGGAGAGUACCAUUAAGCAGUCGGAGAAUGACUUGAACAAACUGCUAGAAACAACCCGUCGCCUACAUGAUGAGUACAAGCCUCUAAAGGAGCAUGUAGAUGCCCUCAGGAUGACUUUAGGUCUACACAGACUCCCUAACCUCAACGAAGAAGAGGAGAAGCUAUCCCUGGAUUACUUCGAGAAGCAAAAAGCAGAAUGGCAGAAGGAGCCACAUGAGCCCGCAAUCCCAGAGUCCCUUGCUGCCGCUGCAGCAGCAGCACAGCAGCUUCAGGUCUCCAGGAAACAGGAUGCCCGCCAAACGGCCACCUUCAGACAGCAACCCCCACCAAUGAAGGCCUGCCUGUCAUGCCACCAGCAGAUUCAUCGUAACGCUCCCAUCUGCCCGUUAUGCAAGGCCAAGAGCCGCUCCCGCAACCCAAAGAAGCCCAAGAGGAAGCCAGACGAGUAGGUCCGACUCCACCCUCAGCUUCAGUACGGUGUAAAGGGAACUGGUCCUACAUACUGAUCUCAAAUCAGCCGUGUACAUUUCCAUUUGUGGCUGAAAUAACAGAUCUGUGAUUCAGGACAAUUUCAAGUGGGGUCCCCACUUUAACAAGUCGUAUUAGUCCCCUGUUCUUAACCUCUCGACUUCUGGUCAAGGACCUGUAACGUCAUUCUGUUGUUUGUUUUUUUCAAUCAGUGCUUUGGAUGUGUUUCUAUGUAUCUGUAUGGCUUCCAUAGUAGGUUUACAAUUCCCUAACCAUGUAACUGCAAUAAUGCAAAAGAAAUUCGAUUAUAUGUCCAAAUAAUUUAGCCCAUGUUACUAUUGUUUAUUGCCUUAGAUAUUGUAUUAUAUUUCUUUUUCAUUGCAUGUGUGCUUCCAUGGCUGUUUAUUGUGUACUUUUUGUGCCGAUAUUAAAACUAGUUUCAAUGGUGAAGUAACUUAAAGACAUUAAAUGUUUACAGUGUUUAAGUGGUCAUAAAGUGGAGACACAAGGCCUGACUCAUUUGCUCUGAAUAGUUGUGUGAUAAACUUUAAUAUAGUGAAAAUGAAAUAAAUGGCUGUUUUGUACUAACCAUG